GACUGAGUGACUGAAUGACUGAAUGACUGGCUGGCUGCCUUGCUGGCUGCUGUUGCUGCUUAGCGUCAUUUGUUGUGUCAGUGGUUAGCUUGCAGCUCGCUCCAAUCGGAAUCAGUGUCUUGACUAGUUCAAAUUAACUGUCGCGCACACACACAAACACACACCCAUAAUAAAUACACCGCCCGCCGUUUGCUGCCUAAGAUCAGGCUGCCGUCGCUGCCGCUGCCGUCGUUGCCGUCGCCGUCGCCGCCGCCGCCAAUUGGAUCGUCGUCGCUGUCGCGUCGCCCCGUUCAGUGGUCGAUGUUUGGGGUUCAGUUCAGUUCAGUUCAGUUUUAGUUACCGCACGGCAAAAGCGUCGCUGCUCCGCACAAAUUUAUUUUUAAAACAAACCAAACAAACGCAGCCCCAAACAUAGUGGCGCUGGCGUCGUUACCAUUGAUUCAGUUCCUCCAGGCAGCAUAGACCCUAACCUCAAAUCAGCUGUUGCAUACAAUUGACAUCGUGCGAAGCGCGUCCAGCGAAGACAAUAAUAACAACAAGAACAACGGCAGCAAAAGCAACACACAAAAUGGACAUCCAAACACUCUGCAAUGAAUGGGAUGAGCUCAAUCGUGAAUAUGCCGAGCUUGAGGAGUGCAACAGACGCAACAUUGAGCUGCUGGAGCAGCUGCAUCAGCAUCAACAGAAAUGCUUUAACGAGAUCAAGCAUCAGCGAUAUCGUAUGAAUCAAAUAUCAGCCUCAAUGCGACAAUAUAAAGGACCGGUUGAAGGCGAGGAGAAGGAGAAAUUGGACAACCUAUUAAAGAUGUCGCUAAAGCGCAAGGCGCAACUACAUGAAAUAGAGCAAUCACUGCCGGCACGAUCCGGUCGCUAUCUACAGAUAAUACUAGGCGAUGUGAAUGUCUCGAUUCUGAACAGAAACGACAAAGUUCGCUACAAAGAUGACUAUGAAAAGUUUAAGCUAAUACUCAAUGUAAUUGGACUGAUAAUGGCAUUUUUCAACUUGAUAUUCAACUACAGAGCUCUGGAACUGGCUUUCAUAUUUCUGCUGGUCUGGUACUACUGCACCCUGACUAUACGGGAGUCCAUAUUGAAGGUGAAUGGAUCCAGAAUCAAGGGCUGGUGGCGCGCCCACCACUUCAUCUCGACGGUGGCCGCCGGCGUCCUGCUGGUCUGGCCGCAGGGCGAGCACUGGCAACUCUUCCGUCUGCAGUUCAUGUACUUCAAUGUCUACAUCAGCAUCGUGCAGUAUUUGCAGUUUGGCUAUCAGAAGGGUCUGCUGUAUCGGCUCAAGGCGCUGGGCGAACGCCACAACAUGGAUAUCACCAUUGAGGGCUUCCAUUCGUGGAUGUGGCGCGGCCUGAGCUUCCUUCUGCCAUUCCUGUUCAUUGGCUACGCCUUUCAGGCGUACAAUGCCUGGACGCUCUUCAAGCUGGCCUACUAUCCGCCCGACGCCCCCUGGCAUGUGUCCGUCAUGUGCGGGCUCUUCCUUCUGCUCUUUGUGGGCAACAUCACCACCACGCUCCUGGUGGUGCCGGAAAAGAUACGCGAGCGGGCUAAGGAGCGCUAUCGCCUCCAGAGCAUGGGCAAGUCCAUGAAAUUGCGCAAGGAGAUGAAGAACAGCGCCAGCGACUUGGACCUUUCAACCAGCUCGCAGGCAGCGUCAGCAGCGACAACGCCGACAGCAGCACAGCCAACUACAACGACGCCGACGUCAGCUGCUGCAGCAGCUGCAUCAGCAACGGCAACAGCGACGCCAACGCCAACCCCAACGGCAACGGCAACGCCAACGCCAACGCCUGCAGAGAAGAAGGCGAACUAAAGCAUAGAGAGCAUUUGUGAGAGGUCUAGCGCUCAGUCAUAUGUUUAUAUAUAAUUUUUGGACCCGAAACCCUAACCACCAAAAGCCCUCACCCAACCCCCGAAAUCCUAACCCACUCCCUAAACCCCCCGCCCUAGGUUUUCUUUUGGUUUUUUAGUUUGCGCACUAAUUUAUUGAUUUCGCUUUAAGCUGAAGUUUUUUGGCUCUCUUUAUUAUUCCUAUUCAGCUUAUUGCAAUCAUUGAUUUUUAUUUUCUGUAUGUUCGUUCCGCUUUGAACGGUAACUUAAGCAAGACAUUCACCUAUUGUGAAGCGAAAAAGAAAACAAAAGAAAAACCAAAAAAAAAAAACAUAAAAAAACAAAAUCAACAAAAAAAAUACUUAAGCAAAAAACAAACUCAAAAUAGAGUAACAUACGCUGUACACAAGCUAUGUACAAUUUUUUUUUUAAUAUUCUUUAAGAUAAUUUUUUUUUUUAUUUAUUUUUUGUUUACUCGGCUGCUUGUAAUGAAAAAUUGUAGGAGAAACGACGUGAAAUGAAAUUGUAAAUUGUCCUGAGUGCAUGCGAAGCGAAUUGAUAUUGAAUGAAAAGAAGCUGCACUCACAACACAACAAAAAUAAACAGAGAAAGCAAAUUGCAAGAAAAAUA